CACAAGUUGCUGUAGUUUCAGGUCAGCUGAGCUGUUGUAGAGCUAGGCUUGAAGAACUAUGGAAGGGCCACUGCCUAGAAGAGCGACAAUAGGCAGCACCAUUGACACCAUAGAUGUGUGAAUGAUACCAGAAAUCGAUUGCAAGACGCGCGGGCCCACUUUAGGUAGAGGGCCCCGCACUUGAGGGCCUCGGCAUGAGUUUGAACGCUUCCAUGCAGUCCACGGAGGAGGGUAGCGGCCUUGGCGCUGGCCUGGAGGCUGAUGAUUUUCACCGACGCGCUCAGGCGAUGCUGCAGGAAAUCCGGUCGGUGCUAGCGGGUACAGGCAGCACCGGCGGCAGCUCCACCAGCGGCGGCAGCGGCGGUGGCACCGCCGACGCCAGCGCAGCCGCUGUUUCAGGCGCACGCAGCAACCAGGCGCCUGCACCAGUGGGCGGCUCCCAAGGCAGCACAGGUGGCGCACCCGCACCCGCCAGCGCCGGCGUCACCAAUGCUGUGGCGGCGGCGGCGGCGUCGCCGGCAAAGGCAAAGGCGGCCAUGCGCCGCUCACCGGCGCCAUCGCUGCCGCCGCCGCCGUCGCAGCGCGGCAAAGCAUCGCUGAGGGCGUCGCCGGCGGGGACGCCGAAGAAGCCGCCGCCGCCGCCGCCGUCACUGCCGUCGCCGGCGGCGGUACCGCUGGCGGCAGGGCCCGGCGCGGCGCUGGCGACCGUGGCGGCGGCGGCGGCGUUCGCCUCCGCCGCUGCUGCCGCCGCGGCCCCCACUCCCAGAAGAGGCAGCAGCAGCGGCAACGGUGGCGGCGGCGGCGGCAACGGCGGCGGGGGUGGUGGCGGGGGUGGUGCGAAUGGCGUGGAGGUGAGGGCGGUCGCGGCUGAUUGCGAUGACGGGGAAGACGACACCGCGGCGCGGCGGGGGGUGGGCGCUGCGGCUGGUGCCCACACGCACACCGACACUCCCAACCGCGGCAGUAGCAGGCAGCGGUAUACGGCAGUAGCAGGCUGUGACGCGGGAGCAGGAGGUAGAGGAGGGGUGGAGGCCGACUCGGCAGUUGCAGCGGGCGGCCCGGCCGCUCGGUCACGGCAGCGGCUGUUUGCGGAAGCCGCGCCGGCGGGGCCGGCAGUAGCGGCUCCGUCGCCAGCAGCUGCGACCUCACACCCCCUGCAACAGCCGCCAUCCCCACAGCUACAGCUAGAGCAGCAGCGGCAGCAGCAGCAACCUCGGCUGCUGCCGGUGCGGCCUCAUGAGUUCCUCGGCGCCGCCACCGCUGCCGCCGCGGUGGCGCUUCUGCAGGCCGCCGCUGCCGCCGAGGGCGGCGGCGGCGGCGACCCUUCGUCUCCUGGUCUGUUGGACUCCCUGUCGGAUUCGUACGGCAGCCCGGAUCUGUACGAUCUCAGUCCGGACCAGCCGCGGCGGGCGGCGGCGGCGGCGGCGGCGCUGCGUGGCAGCACCCCCCUGCGCCGCCUGUGCGCGCUGCUGUCGCCUGCGGGAACACACGCCGGCGGCGCCGCCGCGGCGGCGGCGGCGGCCGCUGUGGCGCGAGAGGCGGCCGCGGCGCGAGAGGCCGCGGCUCGGGAGGCGGCGGCUCGGGAGGCGGCGGCGGCCGCUGCGGGUGCGGCGCGGGCGCGGGCGGAUGCGGCGGCGCGGGCGCGGGAGGCUCUGCAGGCGCUCCUCACCGGCGAUACCGCCGCCGCCGCCGCAAUGGCCUCCCAGGCGGCGGCGCUGACGGCGGCGGCGGACGCGGCGCGGCCCGCCAGCAUGGACGCCGGCGGCAGCAGCGGCAGUAGCGGCGGCAGUAGCGGCGGCGAGCCCGGCUCGCUGCAAGGCCAGCAGCGGGGGCGGGGGCGGGAGCGGGGUACACACGGCGGCGCUACUGCCUCGAGCACCGGCGACGGCAGCGCAGGCACCGGGGCGGCAGUAGCAGUAGCAGGCGCCGGGGCAGGGGCAGCAGCAGUAGCAGUAGCAGGGGCAGCAGCAGUAGCAGCAGCAUCAGGGGGCGUGGAGCCGGAGGUGUCUUGGUGCAGCAGUAGCAGCAGCCGGAGCCGCGGCGCCACCGCCGCCGCCUCGCCCGCCGCCGCCGCGUCAAGGGCCACGUCACCGCCUGACGCGGCCACGCCCACCUCCUCCGCCACUGCCAAUGGCGACACGGGUAACACUGGCGGCGGCGGCGGCGGCAUGCCGGAGCCGCCGCCGGCGGGGCCGCUGUCAACGCCAACACGUGCCAGGGGCUCUGUAGCGGCCGCCGCCGCCGCCGCACCGCUGCCGCCACCUCCUCCUCCUCCAGGUCCGCCGCCGCCGCCUGCAUUCAAGCCCACAGCGACCGGCGGCAAGGGAACAUCGCCGGCGAAGACCCCGGCGGCGCCGCCCCCGGCGCCGCCACCGGGGCCGCCGCCGCCGCCGCCGCCGCUGCCUGCUGGCGGCGGUCUUAAGGGAGCGGGCCCAGCCAUGAAGACACCGCCGCCGCCGCCGCCUGGCCCGCCGCCGCCGCCACCUCCAGCCCUCCACAUCAAGGCGGGGACGCCAACCAAGACCCCACCGCCGCCGCCACCGCCUCCGGGACCUCCGCCGCCGCCGCCACCGCCGCUCUCAGCUACCGGCAUCACCGCAGCCUCAUCCGGCCGAACGCCGCCGCCGCCGCCGCCGCCGGGGCCGCCGCCGCCGCCACCUCCCGUCAGCGGCAUCGCCAAGGCAACACCGGGCAAGGGCCCGCCGCCGCCACCGCCGCCGCCGGGGCCGCCGCCGCCGCCACCGGGCCUAUUCCACCUCGCGCCCAUUCGCACAACACUGACUGCAGCCGCCGCCGCCGCCGCCACCUCAGCUUUCGGCAGCGCCGCUAUGACGCCGCCAGCGCCGCCGCCGCACUCCGCAGCUGGCACGCCACAGGCGGCGCCGGCGGCCGCCGCCGCCGCCGCCGCCGCCACGCCCACCGCCCUCGCAUCCACAUCCGCCUGCUCCACCCCCACCCUGGGCCGCCUGCAUCAAUCCCACUCCCUCCCCCAGCCGCCCUCCCUGUCCCAGCCACCCUCCCUGUCCCAGCCGCCGCCGCCGCCGCCGCCUCUGGAGCGGCGGGCGCUGCACUGGGAGGCGCUGCCUGCCAGUGCGGCGGCGGCGGUGCUGGGACCGUCGCUGUGGGGCAGCCCACUCAUGCAGGCCAUCGUGCCCGUGUCGCUGCGCACCGGGGCCGACAAGCUCGCGCUCUUCGCCCGCAGCAGCAGCAGCAGUGCGGGCGGCGGCGGCGGUGGCGGCGGCGGCUUCAGGGCGGGAGGCGGCGGCGUGCGGGGCGCGGACGGGCGUGUGUGUCUGCUGGAUCCAGCCACAGCGCAGAACGUGCUAAUCAAGUUCGCCAAGGCCGCACUCAGCCCGGAGCAGCUGCGCACUGCCCUGGAGCGCAUGGAUCACACCGUGCUCACACCCACCAUUGUGCUGCAGUGUCUGGGCGGCUGGCCCAAGCCCGAGGUGCUGGAGCGAGUGCUCGACUGGUUGGCGGCGGACCCCGACAACACAACCACCAGCGGCGGCGGCGGCGGCGGCGGCGGCGGCGGCGGCGGCGGUGGCGGUGGCGGCGGGCUUGGCGGCGGCGGCGCCGCCGCCAGUGGUGCGCGGUGGCAGUCCCUGGGCGCGGCGGAGCGCUAUGUGGGCGUGUUGGGCUCUGUGCCGCAGGCCCGAUUGCGGUUGGAGGUGAUCAAGAUCAGGCACCAUUUUGAUGAGGACCUGGCCAAGAAGGGGCGGCUGGCGGCGGCGGUGGCGGCGGCGUGUGAGGGGCUGUGCGGCAGCUUCGCAUGGAGGCGGCUGUUGAGGGAGCUGCUUGCCCUGGGCAAUGAGGUGAAUCGCCACCGCGGCGCCCCGCCCGCCGCCGGCUUCCGACUGGCCUCGCUGCACCGCUUCGCCGAGUGCCGCAGCUGGGACGGGGCCUGGUCGCUGCUGGAGAUCGCUGUGGAGGGUCUGCUGCUGCGCCCCAGCGGCCGCCGCCACCUGGAGGCGCUGGCGGCGCUGGAGGAGGCGGUGGCGGCGGCGGGCGCGGUGGACCUCAAGGUGUUGUCGCACGACGUGUCGGAGAUGGACGAGCGCGGCACGGCGCGUGUGGCGCGCUUCCUGGACUGCCUGAGGGCGCAAGUGGAGGAGGAGCAGCGGGGGCCGGCCGGCCCUGCGCCCAGCAGUAGCAGUAGCAAUGGCAGUGCCGCUGCUACUGCUACUGCGGCUACUGCCGGCGGCAGCGGCGUUGGCAAUAAAUCCAUUCCGCCGCCUCCGUCGCCCAUUCCGCCGCCGCCACCUGCCGUCGGUGCCGCCGCCGCCGCCCUCCGCCGCAGCACUACGGGUGGCGGCGCCGCCGCCACCAGCGCCGCCGCCGCCGCCGCCACUGACAAUGCGACCUCGUCCGCCUUCGCCGCCGCUCGCGCCGCCGCAGUGGCCGCCUCCGGCUCUUCGGCUACCGGCGGCGGCGCCGGCGGCUCUUCGUCUGCCGCGGCGCUGCUUCGGGAGUGGUCUGAUCUGUACGAGCGAUGGCGGGCGGAGCACGAGCGCUUGAGUGACAGCCUGAGGGGGGCGCUGGCGGCGGUGCGUGAGGCGGCUGUGCUGCACUGCGAGCUCCGCGCCACGCCCGCCGCCACCGCCGCCGCCGCCUCCGCCGACCCGCGCGAGGCGGCGGGCGCGCCACGGGAGGUGCGCGAGUGGCCGUUCGCCCACGGCCGCACCUUCUUUGAGACCAUCAAGGGGUUCCUGGCGCAUGUGAAGCAGGCCGCUCUGCGCCUGCGGUCGCUCAUGGCUCGACAAGCAGCAGCCCGGCAGGAGGCAGCCAAGCGACUGGCAGACGCCACAGCAGCCGUGGCGGCGGCUACUGCCGCCGCCGACGCAGCGGCGGCAGUAGCAGCAGCCGCCCCUCCCGGCUCGGCGCGGGCCGGCGGCGGCGGCGGCAGUAGCAGCAGUGGUCGGCCGCCGCACCCGCCACACCACAGCCACAGCUGUAGCACCGGCGGCGUCAGCGCCAGCGCCCUCCGCCGCGGCGGCGGCAGUGGCGGUGGCAGCAAUGGCGGCGCGAUUACUUCUUACUCCUCCUCGCCGCUUCCGCCGCCGGUGCCGCUCACGCCCUCCACGCCCUUUGUCUCCCUGGACGGCAUGACAGCGGCUGCAGCGGCAGUAGCAGCGGCCGCACCCACAGGCGGGGCCGCUAUGUCCUCCGCCCUGCCACACGACCUCCAUUUUCACCUCCCACACCAACACCAACACCACCAACAGCAGCAGCAUGCGGACGCACGACGGCGGCGCUCCGCCCCCGGCUCCGCCGCCUCCACCCCCGGCUCCUCCCCGCCGCGCCUCAACGGCCACCACAACCACCACAACCAACACAACCAACACAGCACCAGCCAAAGCCACCUGCCGAACGGCAACCACCACAACCACCAAAACGAACUGUCCGACGGCAACAUCCAGCCCGAACACCCAUCGCACCAGCAGCAGCAGCAGCAACAGCAGCAGCAGCAGCAACACCACUUACAGCGGCGGGCGGACGUCUCGGCAGGACCGCACUCGCCGGCACCGGGGGCCGCCGCCAACCGCUGCAGCGACGGCGGCAGCACCACACCCCGCCACCACCACCACCAACACCACCAACACCACCCCGCAGCGGCGGCAGGUGGCGGCGGCGGCGGUGGUGCGGAUGGCACUGGCAGCACUAGUGGUGGCGGCGGCGGCGCUGGGAAUGGCAACUGCGGCGGACCCACCCCGGACGCCGCCGGCGGCUACACGGGGGGUAGCUGGGGCUCCGUGUGCCCGUCCGCGCCGGGAACGGGGGCGGGGGCGGGGACUGGGGUGGGGACUGGGGUGGGGGCGGCGGCCACAGGCCGUGCCGCGGCGUGUAGCAUGGGCGGUGCGGGCAGCAUCAGCGGCGCCGGCGCCGGCGGUGGAGGCGGAGGUGGAGGUGGAGGUGGCGUCUGGGCCACGCCCUCCGCCUGCGGCCCCGCCGCCGCGCCGGCUGCAGCAGCAGCCACCGCAGCGGCGGCCUCUACUCCGGAGCCGCCGCCGCUUGUGCCGCGGGCACUGGGCCCCGUGCUGGACCUGCUGGCGGCGGCUGCGGCGUCGUCAGCGGCGGCGGCGGAUACGGCGGCGGCGGCGGGCGCUCCCGACAGCUCCCCGCCGGGACCCCACAUCUCGCCGCAGGCCGCGGCGGCGGCGGCAGGCACGGAGGCGGCAGGGCCGGCGGGUCCGGCAGCAGCGUCGGCGGCGGCGGGGGCGGCUGAUGCGGGGGCGGCAGGGCUGGAGUGGGACCUCGCAGACGCGCUGUGCGGCGAGGCAUCGCUGUCGGGCUUGGGUGGCGGCUUGGGUUGUGGCGGCGCCGCCGCCCGAAACGACGGCGCCGGCGAGGCGGGGUAUGAGGAGGGCAAGUGCGAGGGCGAGUGCGACGACGGCUGGGGCUCCGAAUUGAGCAGCCCGUCCCGCACGCCACCGCCGCCAGCGCCUCAUGCGUCUGCCGCCGGGGCUGCAGGCGCGGCUGCGGCUGCAGCUGCCGCCGCGACGGGGGUCGACGACACGGCCGCCGCUGACGUGACCGCGGCCGCCGCUGCUGCUGUCGCGGCAUUGUCCAAGAGUGCCAAGAAGAAGAACAAGCGUAAGCAGAGGCGCCGGGCGGCGGCGGCGGCGGAGGCGGCGGCGGCGGCUGGUGGUGGGGCUGCUACAGCCGAGGCAGGGGCGAGUGCUGACGCGGAUGCUGACUCCGAUGCUGACGCGGACGUGCACGUGCUCGUGGGCGACGGCGGCGGCGCGGCGGCAGAGGCGGGCGGGCGGGAUGUGGUGAGGCGGCGGCGGACUGGCGGCGGCGGCGGCGGCGGCCACUGCCAGGCACCGGUUGCGCCGCCACCGCCGCCGCUGCCGUUUGCAGCCGGGGGCCCGGCCGCUGCCGCUGAGGUCUUGGCGGCGGGGGCGGCGGGAACGGCGGCUGGGGCGGCGGGAACGGCGGCUGGGGCGGCGGCGGGGCCAGUGGGCUCUGAGGCCGCAGCUGUGGCUGAGCCGGCUUCGGAGCAUGCAGCCGAGGCGGGCGCAGGCGUGGAGGCCGAAUCGGAGGCGGCCGAGGAGGCAGGGGAGGAGGAGGACCUAGCGUCAGAGGAGGAGGAUGAGCUGGAGGAUGACGGGCGGGUUGUGCCUCUUCCUCCGCUGCUGGUCCUCGACGCUGACCUGCUGUGGCGCCUGCCGACCCGGCUGCGCACCGCCGCACUGGGCCGACUGCGCCGUUCCGUAACAGCCGCGCGACCGCAGCAGCAGCAGGGGCAGCAGCAGGGGCAGGGGCAGGGGCAGCAGCCUGAGGCGGGGGUGCGGGUGGAGGCGGAGGUGGAGGUGGAGGCUGGUGGUGCUGGGGGCGAGGCUGAGGCUGAGGCGGGGGCGGGGGUCGAGGACGAGCCGCGAGAGGCUGCGGCGGAGGGCGGGCAGCAGCAGCAGCAGCAGGGGCAUCAGCAGCAGCAGCAGGGUCUGGGAGCGGACGAGCGGCUGCAGCUGCUGCGGCGAUACCUGCUGGGGCAGGGACCGGGACAGGGGGGCAGCAAGGCAGCGCGCUGGGCGCCGGUGGUAACGGCGGCCGCCGGCGGCAGCGCCUCCGGCGGCACCGGAUUCCAGCGCUACCGCAGCGGUCGGACGCAGUCGCAGCCACCCGCCGAGCUGGGGCUGUUGCUGGCCGAUGCUACUGCUGCUACUGCUGCUGCUGCCGGGGGUGCUGCUACUGCCGGGGGUGCUCCGGCCCAGCAUCAGGAGCAGCAGCAGGGGCAGCAGCAGGGGCAGGGCGGCGGCCCGGCGGUGAGUCUGGUGCUCACCAGCCGCCGCACGCUGCCGCAGCUGCUGCAGCGGGCCAGUGCGGAGGCGGUGCAGCUGCCGCCGCCCUGCGCGCUCAUCACCUCGGCGGGCGCCAUGAUGUGGCGCCGGGGGACGCCGACGCCGCGGCCUGCCCCACUGGCGCCCGCCGCCUCCCUCGGCCGUCGCUCCAUGCAGCUCCCCCGCUCCCACCACUUCAACAGCAGCCACCACAGCCACCACCAACACCGCCACCAGCACGGCACACACGGCGGCGCGGCCCUGCACCCUGCGCCCUCGGCACCCGACUUCUCAGCCGCUGCUACAGCCGCAGCCUCGGCAGUAGCAGGUGGGGUCGGGGCCGCCGGCGCGCGGACGGGUCCGGCCGUGUGCUGCUGGGCCUCCGCCAGUCCGUCCACACGGACCAGUGCCACCGGCGGCGGCGGCGGCGGCUGUAGCAGCGGCUGUAGCGAGGACGGUGGCGGCGCCGCCGCCGCCGCCGCCGGCGGUUGCGAUGGGGCCGCCAGCUUCUGGGAGCAGCAGGCGGCGCUGCAGCUACAGCUACAGCUGCCGUCAGCAGCGGAGGCUGAGGCUGUAGCAGGAGAGCCGGGCCGCGGCAGCCCUGGCGGCGGCGGCGGGGUUGCUGCCGCCGCCGCAGCUGCUGCUACAGCCGUUGGCAGCCCCGGCGGCCUGCACCGCAGCUACAGCUGGUGCCAACCCUCGAGCACUGCCGCCGCCGCCGCCGCCGCCGCCGCCGCCGCUACCACCGGAGCUGCGGCAGGGGCCGGGCCAGACGGCGGCCGUGAUGGCGCGGAUGGCACCCAGGGUGCCGGCCGGGGCGGCGCCGGCAGCGGCACCAGUAGCAGCUGCGGAGGCGGCGCGCCGCUGCCGCCGCGCCCGCGCCAAUCGGGUGCCGCCGCCGCCGCCGGCCGCAGCAGCAGCGACGGCGGCGGCGGCGCCGGUGCGCUGCUGGCCGCUGUCACCGCUGCGGAGGCGGAGGGCUGGGCCGCCGGGUCCGAGGCGGGGGCUGCGGCGGAGCCGGAUGUUCCGUGGCAGCAGUGGUGCCGACACGGCAACGACGAUGGCGAUGGGGAUGGCGGCGGCGGGCCCGGUGGUUGCGGAGCGCUGGAGGCCGAGGAGGACCCUCAGGCGCUGCUGUGGACGUGGGAGCCCGAGCCGCGCUGGCAGCAGCACCUGCAGCGGCCGGCGGGGGUGCUGCGCGGCGCGGCCGAAUGCCGGGCGCCCGAAUUCCACGACGAGGUGCGCUACGCGGUGGAGGCCGCGCGCGCCCGCCUGCCGCCGCUCAGCCUGGGCGGUCUGGCGGACGUGUGCCCCUACCACCUGUGCCUCCAGGUGGCGGCGCGGGAGGAGGCGGGGAAGCAGGAGGGGAGGCAGGAGGGGAGGCAGGAGGCGAAGCAGGAGGGGAGGCAGGAGGCGCGGCAGCGGCGUGGUGGUGGCCGGCAGCAGCAGCAGCAGCAGCGGCAGCAGCAGCUGCGGCAGCAGCUACUGCCGGAGCAGCUGCUGCCGGAGCAGGUGGCGGCGGCGCUGUUCGCGGAGCUGCGGAAGCUGUCGGUGCAGGUGCAUGUGGAGCUUCAAGACGACGACGAGCACACACACCUCAACGCCGCGGGCGGGGCUGCGCCCGCAGCGGGCGGAGCCGCCCGCGUGAACGACAGGGGCAGUAGCAGCGCCAACAGUGGCAGUAGCGGCGCCAACAGGGGCAGUAGCGGCGCCAACAGGGGCAGUAGCGGCAGUAGCAGCGGCGGCCCACGCUGGCUGCGGCUUCACUUGGUGCCGGCGGCGGCGGCGCCUCACCUGGCGGCGCGGUACGCCCUCCACCACGUCCUCGGCGUGGGGGCGGGCGUGGGCGUGGUGCCGAUGCUGGCAGCAGCAGCAGCAGGUAGGGGCGCAGGGGCAGCCGGGGUGGAGUCGACGGAGCCGAUGGAGUCGGUGGGGGAGGCGGAGGCGGCGGCGGCUGCACCCUGGGCGGCGGCGGGCGCCACGCAUGUGACCCGCCUGGAGCAGCUGCUGGAGCUGCUACAGCUGCAGUAGCUGUGGCGGUGUGGUGGCGGCGGCGGGCUGUAGCCGCGAGCUGAGGCUGUGGCUGGGAUGGGUGAGAUUGUUUUGACGACGAGGCUUCGGGACACGGAAUAUGGCGUUUCGACAUUGAAUGACGGCGAAGCAGCAUUGCCCUUCUUUCUACUAACCAUGGACACGCGGACCACAGCGUAUGCCCCAUGGACAUAUUGUUUUGCUAAACAAGCAAUGACAUGCCCGGCGGUACCUGACAUUUACUUUGACCAAGUUGUGACUUUCGCCAGAGCGCACACAACGUUUUGCAGUCCGUCACCGCCAAUUGCGUUGCGUAGGCUUUGGUGUGAGUAGCCGCCUUUGGUGGGUAGUCUCGUUAGCGAUUAGGCAGCUUGGACGAAACAAACAGCAAGCCCAGCAACAACAACAACAGCAGCAGCAGUCGCUAAUUCACGGGCGACAAUGCGCAGUACAUACCGGCACACACUCGAGUGGUAGUGCCCGCAAUACCGAAAAGGACGGCAGCGGGGUGAGGGGGAGUGGGAGGACGCAUGGUGACACGGUGCGUGACUGUGUGUGUGUGUGUGUGUGUCUUUAUGACAAGGUUUGCAGUCAGCUGUAGGCUGUGGAGAGUCGCAAAGCUGCAGGCCUGGCAGUUCAUGGACUUUUGAUGACAAAUGUGCCAGAGAUGAGAUGGAAACCGGCGUACCCAGGCCGCUAGAUGGGCCUGUGCGUGUGCGUGCGUGUGUAUGUGUGUGUAGGCACAUUGACGAAGCCCUAGGUGCUUACGGCCGCACUACGGUCCCGUCAAGACUUGAACAUGCGGAAUACUAGUAGGGUGAAAUAGCAAUAGUCAGAGGUGUAUUACCGCCAUUCGACCACUUCAGACACAGGACGAUCCCAGGACGUUACAGGACGGUAGUGGGCGAGGCGCACGGAAAGUCCGUAGGUCGAUGCAGUGUGUUGUGACGGGCCGUGCUUGACCUAGACACUGAGUAGGCAGGUGCCGGCGGUGGGCUCCAAACACAUUACACAGAGGCGGUUCGCCUGAACACACUUUGCGGGUGACAUGAGAUGCUGACGUGUCGUUGAAGCGGCGCGAGUGCUGCGCUGCAUGAUGUAGUGUGGUGUGCAUGUGCAUGUGUAUGUGCAUGAGGUGGAAGUAAAAGGGGGAGGUGUGUGCCUCCUAGCACGCCAGCGGGGCACGGCAUGCCGCCUGACGUGGCGUGCAAGGGUGCAAUGUGGCUUCAUGCGCAAUUCUGAGCCCGGAAGUCGGGCGGCUCCACGCAGGUGCAUACAGUUCAAAAUAGUGGACACGAUGAUCUCAAGUGAUGGACAAGCUGUAAUGAUGUACUUGCUACUCGGAGAGUCGGAGGCUCAAGUCUGGUGUCCGAACAAGCCGGGAGCUUCCAGAGAAGCUGACGUACCGCACUGGUGCACUGCCCCAGGUGCCCCGCUUUAGCGAGCAAGACCUGCUGGGUACGAUGUACUGCAAAGUCUGCAUUAGCAUGUACGCCGCAUACACACACCGUCAUACAACGGCUGGGGCUUGGGAGUUGGGUACGGCACGUCCGGAAAUCUUUGAAGCCCGAUGGUGAGGAGCGGCUGGCGCUGGUACCCCAGGGAGUGUGGGCCGGGCGCUGGCACCGUGGCGGCUUUGGGGGUGGCCGGUGGCCCCGGCAAAGCCUUAGUGCUGGUGGGCAGCCACGACAGCUCUAAUAAAUCAGAGCUCGCGCUCGACCCUUCGAGACAGAACUUCCAAUUGAGCAGGCUAUUACUAUCAUCUGCUCAAUUAGCGAGCUGGCCCCUGUAAUCUGCGCCUUCA